UGAUGGGCCUGCAGGGCAAGAGGCUCCGCUUACCUGAGAGGGGUCCGCGAGGUCCAGAAGGGGACUGCGGGAUCGGGGAGGGGUCAUAGGAGGCGUCCAGGCUCCUCGGGCAGUGGAUGAGUGUCUGAGCGGGAAGAAGUCUGGAGGACGGCGGGAAGGGCGAGCCAGAGGUCUGAUGAGGUGGAGGUCAGCGAGCUGUCAAGCAUAGAGCUGCCAGGACUUGGGGGCUUGUAACUUGGGAGAGAAGACUCAGGUUUGGGCCGGGGUUGGAUCCAAAGAAGACAGGUUAUAAUCCACUCAAAAGAUAGGGCAUUGGGUUGAGGAGUAGGACUCUGGCAUUUUGGACUGGAAUUGGUUACCUAUGGAAUAGGUGUUUCGGUAAAGCCAAAGAAUUCUUGCCAGGGCCUGGAAGUGGAUUUGAUGAUAGUUACUGGAUUUUACGGUUGUUUAGUGGGGAUUGGCAAUAUGGAGAAGGAAAGCAGUGUGGAUUAUGGGAGUGGGCGCGAGCAAUGGUGCUAACACCGUGUCCAGUUAACGUUGGAAAAAGUUGUUAAAAGUAUGAUAUUAGCUAGAUACUCUAGGAAAAUAUACCAUGAAGAACUUGCUGUUUUGUAGGAUUGAUGAAGAACUGCUUUAAAAACGAAUGGUUAGGCUUGGCAGCUGGGCCGCUGAAACUGUUUGGUAUCAGUAUUGCGGUGAAGCUGAGGACUGCAGGGGAAUGCGUGCUCCAGUCCUGGUGCAGAAAAAAUAAAAGCAGCCAAACAGUAGCUAGAUGGUGUUUUGUAACUUUUGGAUUUGGCCCUGAUAGUGAACCACUGAAUGAAGGUAGAUGAAGGGAAUGCUACUAAUGGGGGCCCCAAAGAAAACGGAAAUUAGACGUGUACCCUUCCUGUUUUCUCUUGCUCGGUACUGUGUUUUAUCAUUGUGUUAUGUCACAGUUAUCGGUUCAUGUCUGCUAUCCAGUGACCAGGCUGUGAAUCAUGUACCUUUGGGAAAGAGGUUGAUUCUGUUUAACUGACAACUGUUGCUUUUGCAGAUGGUCACAGGGAAAGGAAAGGAUAAAAUGCAGUUCAGUAGUUUAAAGACAGUUUUCUUAGUUCAGACACUUAAAACGAUGGAGUAACUUUUUUAGGCACUGAGAUGUGACAUUUAAAAGCUGUAAGAGACUGUGAAUGCAACUAGCUUACUGGUUUCUGUGUUUGGGUUUUAAUGUUGAGAGGAAAGAGUUGCAGUGUUUCUAAGGCAAAUAUUUCUCUUCUUCCUAGAAACUUUUAACGUUUUUAGCCCAUGAUACAUGUAGAUGUGUUUUUAUUUAGGGAGAAUUAAACUGUUUCAUUGAUUUAACUAUGUUUUUUUCUAAUGUUAGUGCUUAUCCUAUUUCAAGAAUGCUAUUCUAAUUAAGAGAGCAUAUGAUGAAAAGUAUGUGAGGUAGUAAUUCAACUUUAUUGUUUAGUAGCUUAUGUGACCUAAGCACCCGAAGAGACAGGGUUAUCUGAGGGAGUAAAAAUAUUUCUUUUACUGCUAAUCAUUGGAAGAAGAAUGGUCUUGUCAUUUGGUUUUAGGGGGUGUUGCAGUUGUUGCAAUGCAACAGGUUCUUAAGAUUACUGGAAUAUUUUGUAUGUGUGUUUGUUUUCAAACGCUUGUUGCCUCUAAGUUGUUUCAGUGGCCAACAUGAACUUUGAUUUUUAUUCACAAAGCUCAUAAUCACUUAUAACUCUUUUUUUAACCUGAAAGUAAUAAUAUCAAUCCAUUCGUAGGCAGCCAUACACCUGGAUUAAUGUUUUUCCAGUAUUGAUGAUUCAUCACUGAUCUAUGCAAAUUAUUUGAACUGUUUUUCUUUCUGUUUAGUAUUGUACUCUCCAGACAUUUUAGGCCAGGGCUCAAAGUAGAAUUUUUCAAGUUUAGUGGAAAGUUUUUCUUUGUGAAUUGUUGAAAACAUUAUUUUGGUAUUUGGUAGUUUAUCAACAUGAUUUUAAAAACGGUUUCUUGUGUGGCACUUAAAUUGUUUUGUACCAUGUUUGUGAAUGGAAGCAAUGUGGUGAAGCAGAAAGAACUCUAGACAUGGGGUCAGAGUGGGUGGGCCUAGUCCUGGUGCUACCUGGUAACAGUUCUGUGAUCUUAGCAAGUUACUUAACCUAUUUUAUUUCGUAAUAUGGGAACUAACCGCACCUGCCUAUUUACCAGGAUUGUUUUUGAGAAUCUAUGGAGAUACUGUCCUUUAAACAGUAUCUUUAUACCAGAGACUUCUUCCCUGGUCAGCAAAUUAUUUGUCAAGUAAUCUAAAUUUUUCAAAUAUAGAUUUUUAAAAAAAUUUUGGAACCUCAAGUUUAUCAUUAAUGUAAGACUAAUAUUUAAAGAUAUAGAACCACUUUGUUUUAAGAAAAUGGUAUCAGUACAUAAUCAGAAAAACAAACUUCAAAAUAAAUGAAGGGAGCUUACUUUCCCUUGAAAAUAACCCACUCCUCUAGUGUGCAACUGGUAUCAUAAACAUCCUUUUAAAGGAAUUUCAUUGUUGCAUGGUAGGGGGUGAAAUGGUUUUGUGGAAGCCUCUAUCCUGUUGAUGAGUCUGAUCAUUUUCUGGCAUUCACUAUGCAUGUUUGUGGUAAUAAGAACUGAUGGUACUGUCUUAAUCUUGUUACUCCAGUUGACCACUUUGCAUGUCAUUGGCCUUGCUAGUAGAGUGAGAGAACUGUUAGAUUACUGAUUCUUUACUUUGUUUGGAUCAUGGACUUUUUUGAGUACUUGAUAUAAAUUAUGGAACUUUCGUCCCAGAAAAAAAAUGCAUAUAUACACAACUUUUUUGCUUUGUUUUGCACAGGGGUCUCAUACCCAUUGGAAUAGAUGAUCUCCCAGUUCCCUGCUAUUUCUUAAAGCUUUUACUUUUUGUCACCAGUAAUUAUAUACUAUUGUUAUUAUGAUGUAGUUACGAAAUUAGCUUUUUGAAUCUGAUUCAAAUAAACAUCAAACAAAUGUGUUAUUUUUAAGGAGAACUUUUGGGGCAAAGUAGGAAACUGAACAAGCACUGCCAGGAAAGGUUAAAUAAACAGCUGUGGUAGAAAAUGUAAAUAAACAAAGUCUCCAGCUGUCUUGAAAUAGAAUGAAGUAUCUAACAAUCAGUGGCUCUCAUUGUGGUGACAAUUUUGGUUAUCACAAAUAGGGGAGGGGGCAUUUAGUGGGUGAGAGCCAGGGAUGCUAAAUGUUUUACAAUGCUUAGAACAGUCUCAUACAGCAAAGAAUUGUCCUGCCUAAAAUGCCAGUGCCCUUUGACAAAUGCUGGUGAGUGUGAGAUGGGGACUAGCAUGACUGAAAUAGCUUUUUUAAACUGAAGUUGUUUUCCUUUUUAAAAAUACUGUUACACAUAAAAUACCCCUUUCCAUUAAUUCCCUUUUGGAAAAAUCACAAACAGAAACAAAUGAUAUACUAUCUCAAUGUGGGUUACUCAGAAAGUAUGCCCAUCUUCUAGCUACUGUUAGCAGCACAUGAGGGUAGUGUGCUGUGUCUACUGGGAUUUGAGGAAGUAAAGAGUCAACUUGUUCUCAUACAGAGUGUUAGUUUGCUAUUUUUUCUUUUUACUUUAAAACAUAUUUUUACACCUUGAUCUAGUACUUUUAAAGAAAAUUUCAAGGCGAUUGUGCAUUUAUUCGCAUCGUCUUCGUGCAAUUGUAUAGUCACUUACUUAUUUUGGCUUACUACCUUAGAGUGUAUUAUAGUUGAGAUGGUAUUUCAACAUCUAACCAUCUUUUCAGUAACCAAACACCUUUAUAUAGAACCAUGUGCCGAAAAAGAAGUCUGAGCAGUUGAGAUGGAAUGGAAUUCAAGGUAUAGAGGCAAGAGGAUGAGCUUCGGAGUCAAUUAGACCUGAAGUGAAAUUUCAGUUUUGGUACUGCAUGUCACAUGACCAAAAGCAAAUUGCUGAAUCUCUUUGACUUGGUAGCCUCAUCUGUAAAAUGAGGAUGAUAAUUCCUACCUUUGUGAUUGUUUUGAAGAGUAGAGUUACUAUAUGUCUGGCAUGGACUAGGCCCUCCAUAAAUGGGUGCCCUAUAAAGAAUGAUGAUGAUGAUGAUGAAGAUGGAGAGUUCUGUAGCUACUGAACCUUGCCAGAAGCAACCAGAUGAUGAUGAUGAUGAUGAAGGAGAGUUCUGUAGCUACUGAACCUUGCCAAAAGCAACCAGAUGAUGAUGAUGAUGAUGAUGAUGAAGGAGAGUUCUGUAGCUACUGAACCUUGCCAAAAGCAACCAGAUGAUGAUGAUGAUGAUGAUAAAGGACAGUUCUGCAGCUACUGAACCUUGCUAAAAGCAACCAGCAUGCAUGGCAUGCUCAUAUGCCUGGAUUCCACAGCAAGGAAUGGUCUGCAGGACCAGGAUUUCUGGUAGGUCCUACUUUAGGACAAGAUGUGGUGGUACUGUUGAAGCGUCAGUCUUUGAUUCACAGACACUUGAGCUUUUCAGCUGGGAAGCCUUUCCUUUUUUUUUUUUUUUUUUUUUAACGGCUUACUGAACUUAUGAAACCAUGGCGGAAGGAGAGACAGAGUCACCUGGGCCCAAAAAAUGUGGCCCAUAUAUCUCAUCUGUCACUAGCCAGAGUGUGAACUUGAUGAUUCGAGGAGUAGUGCUAUUUUUUAUUGGAGUAUUUCUUGCAUUGGUGUUAAACUUACUUCAGAUUCAGAGAAAUGUGACGCUCUUUCCACCUGAUGUGAUUGCAAGCAUCUUUUCUUCUGCAUGGUGGGUACCCCCAUGCUGUGGCACGGCUUCAGCUGUGAUUGGGUUAUUAUACCCCUGCAUUGACAGACAUCUAGGAGAACCACAUAAAUUUAAAAGAGAGUGGUCCAGUGUAAUGCGGUGUGUAGCAGUCUUUGUUGGUAUAAAUCAUGCCAGUGCUAAAGUGGAUUUUGAUAACAACAUACAGUUGUCUCUCACACUGGCUGCACUAUCCAUUGGACUGUGGUGGACUUUUGAUAGAUCUAGAAGUGGUUUUGGCCUUGGAGUAGGAAUCGCCUUCUUGGCAACCCUGGUCACUCAAUUACUAGUAUAUAAUGGUGUUUAUCAAUAUACAUCUCCAGAUUUCCUCUAUGUUCGUUCUUGGUUACCAUGUAUAUUUUUUGCUGGAGGCAUAACAAUGGGAAACAUUGGUCGACAACUGGCAAUGUAUGAAUGUAAAGUUAUCGCAGAAAAAUCUCAUCAGGAAUGAAGAAGGCAAAAAAUAUCUUUUGUACAAAAAAACAAGAUGAAAAGGAUGUGAAGUGGUAGAUAUACCAACAAAACUUCAGACUGUAAAAUUGCCAGGAUGCAGUUUUUCCCUUGAUUGGCAUGUGUGUAUAUAUGGAUAAAUAUACACAUAUACACACACAUAUUACUGCAAUCUGUGAUUGCUUCAUCUGUAAAUCAGUUGCAAACCUUUACGUAUUUGACUUAAAUAACUGUAAGAUAUAUAUGUACUACAUUAAAAAAGUGUUGAUUAAUAGAUGAAAUUUUUAAAUUAAUUUUUUAAACAUGCCACACAUUGUUUCACAAUGUUAAUGUGCCAAAAUAUUGUUCCUGUCAUGCAGAGUAUAGGAAUGCUUUGAACAAUUUGUAAACUUAGUGAAAUAAAAUAAGAAAGCCAAAAACAAACAAAAAGCAUAUGGGGAGCUGGUAUUUUCUCUUUAGCUUACUGUUGUGCCUUUUUAUUUUUCUAAUCACAGCAGUAUGAGUUAUGAGUGCCCUAAUUUGUGGUUAGUUUCUAAUUUAAUGCUGUUUCAUGGAGUUUGGAAUGUUUUGAUACAGGGUGAGAAUGGACUUCUGGUUUCAAACCUGCAUUACUGGAGACAGCCCAAAGAGUAAUUUUCUGUUUUGACAGAUCUUACUGGAAGUACAUAUGCUAAGCAAAAGAGGUUAUCAGCAUUAAAUUGUUUUGGUUCUAAAUUUGGAACACUAUAUAUAAUUAAAAGUAAGGACUACUAGAGGAUUUAAUUAGAAUAAAUACAUGUUUUGGAAAUACAGUGACCUCUUGCAGUGCCACAAAAGUGCAGAGUGGUAUUAGCUGUCAUCUGCAAUACAGAAUCUCAUUGCUUUUGCACAUGGAGCAUAUAGGAAACUCCAAACAGAUCAAAAUGAGGUUUCUAAUUCUGUUGGGUUCUGUCAUCUAUUGGGUUCUAUGAAGCAAACCACUGUAGCUUUAGCUGGGUUCGGUCAUAUGACUCAUUGUUAGUGGAAUGCCUAGUUUUUCAUCUUAUAUGCAGUCUGGGGAGUAGAUGGGUACAUAAUUUCUUAUGUAUUCGUGUGUCCAUUAGCGAAUAGUUCAAGUCUGUUUAAGAAUGUUUUGAGAUGGCAUUCUCUGCAUGUUAAAGAUCUUAAUGGCAACCAGCACCUCUUAAGUAUGGUUUAAACAUAUUCUUAGCUAAAUUUUUUCCAUUAGUUUUUGAAAUUGAUGGCAGUUGUCUGAUCCACAAGGGCAAGAUCUUCUGAGUACUCUGGAGUGUGUGUAUGUGUGCAUGCAUGUGUGUGUUGGAGUGAGUGAGUGAAUGUGUCUGUGCAUGUGCCCAUGCUUUCCUAGAAUGUCAAGUAGAUAUUUUUACAUUUUGAGUUUUAAAACAAUUGCUAUCAGACUGAGAUCUUGUAUGCCAAACUUUAAUCUGCUUUUAUGUUUUCAGGCUGAAGGUGUGAAAAUCCUAAGAGGAUUUCAUAUUGAAUAUGUGUACACAAUCUUAACUAUUGUGGUGGAAAACAUACUACUAUAAUUUAUUAUUAUAUCUUCCAGAUAAUGUUAUUCAUUUAGAACAAAUAAGGUAUAUUUUUUAGAAUCAACUUUGUAAGCACUAUAAAAUCUUUAAUAAGUUAUAAGAUCUAUGAUGUGUUUACCUUAAAAAUUGCUGUUGAAAGCAACAUGUAUUAAAUACAUAAUUAUCAUCUGGGUUAA